AUGCUACAAGGCAAUGCUAUGGUGCGGGUGACUGACAAGGUAAAAGCAACGGCCGAGAAUGUGGAGCUGGAGUAUCGUGGCAGCAGCCCCCCGGCGGUGUCACGUCCCACGACGGUCUCGGCGGUGUGUUUGAGACCCCGGAUGUGCGCGGACUUCCAGGGUUGUUUGCCUGCCUUCAAGUGGAGGCCGAAAGCGUCCGGCACUGGGCUGACCUUGGAGGAGUGUUGCGACCCCGUCCUGUGCAAGGACGAGCUGCUAGACGGCUGCAGCCCUUCUACCCAAUGGAAGCCUGCUGCUGAUUUCGACAAGCGACAGGGCAACACGCGAGAGCGAUGCUGCAUGGCUCAGGUUUGCACCGAAGACAUCUGCAGCUCCGGCAAGUACACGCCCAAGAAAGGUACCGGGCUGCUAGGCACCACCGAGGAGGAGUGCUGUGACAAGCUCUUCUGCUCAAGCUACCCGGGCGUCUGCGAUCCCAAGCGCGGCGAGCGCUUGCCCGACGUCUUGGAGGACGGCUCUCCUCGGCUUGGCAGUACCGAGAUUGAUUGCUGCGACGUGAGCAAGUGCGAGGACUUUAAGUGCACUGCGCCAGAAGGCAAGGGCCUAUGGAAGAACAAGGAGAAGCCCUCUGGCAUCGGAGAGACGUUCGAGAAGUGCUGUGACGAGGCUUUCUGCAAAGACCUGAGCUGCGAGAACAUGACCAAGUAUGGGCCUGAAGAAUCGGGUUCCGAACGGGGCAGUUCACCUGCGCAGUGCUGCAAGCCGCGCCACUGCAAGGACUACGAGUGCAGCAAGUCCACCUUGCGCGUCCUCGUCGGAGAUGAUCGCCUAGGCAGCACGGACUCGGAGUGCUGCACCCUCAAGCGCUGUGAGGACUACCAGUGCAGCAAGCCUACGCAGUUCGAGAAGCUACCCACCAUCGAGGAGACGAAGGACGGCUUGCAGGUGGCCCGGGCGGGAUACAGCGACGAGGAGUGCUGCACGCCCAAGUACUGCAAGAACUUCUUCUGCAGCUCGACGAAGUGGACUGCCAGGAAGUGGCCUGAGGACGACAAGACACUCGGCGGGACCUUCGAGGAGUGCUGUGAUGAGGUGUCCUGCUCUGAUUACAACUGCACAACCGACUACGACGGCGAUGGCAUCGGCACGAUGUACGACCGGAAGAAGGACAGCAAAGCGAUGCGCUGGCUGGGCAGCACCGACGAGGAGUGCUGUGAGCCCAAGCUCUGCAGCAAAUACACGACACAGUUCCCCACAAAGUGGACGCGAAAGGGCGCCCAGGCAGGUGAACCACGACUGGGCAGCACCGAUUCGGAGUGCUACGACCCAGUUUUCUGCAAGGACUUCUGCGGCUGCAAGGAGGCGGGGAAGCAGCUUAUCAAGGCUGCCACAGACUUGCAGGGCUCGACAGUGGAGGAGUGUUGCGAGGCCGUGGGCGAGACUGAGUGA